UAACAGCCGAUAAACAUCCUCAGAACUCACCUCAAGAUAAGUUUACUACCAAAUGUAGCUGGAGUCCCCUGAAAUGUGGUUUCCUCGGGUUGGAGUCUGUGUCACCAUGGUGAUCUGCAUGGCACUAGGAGCGGCGCAGGACCCCUGCCAGGCCGGCAACUAUCAGGAGCUGAACGAUGCCUAUCGCAGUGUGAAAUACAUGUUCAGCUACCCCAAGAUACCCGAAUGUGAUGUCUCUUUGACCAGAGCCUGGUACCGUUUCACAGGUCCGGCUGGCGACAUGAUGCCGGAAACCUGCAUACCCCGGACACACUGUGGAACACAGGCUCCUGUGUGGAUAAACGGUACCCACCCCGAUGUCACCGAGGGCAUCGUGCAGAGGACGUCCUGUGCCAACUAUGGGUCCGACCGCCCGCUGUAUGGCCCCUGCUGUGACAUCGAGAUUGACAUAGAAAUCAAGAACUGCGGCUCCUUUUAUGUCUACCACCUGAGUCCCACUGAUAGUUGUCCCAUCAGUUACUGCGGUGGGGAUAAGGAUGUGUGUACUCAGGACCAGUGGAGUCUUGAUGGUAUGCCACCUUGCAAGGAAGGUCAGCAUCAACAUAAACAUAUACAUUUUUUUGUAUUAGCUUAUUGAAAACUGAACACUUGAUUAUUGCAUCAUGGCUAACAUAA